AUGGCGUGCAGCGCGUGUUACUACCUGGUUAUCAGCUCCACACACCUGAGCAAUGGACACUUUCGGCGCGUCAAGGGAGUCUUCAGAGGACCGCUGUGUCCAACCGCAACCAAGAGCAAUUUGGCAUAUUCUCGUGCAGAGAGGGCUUUGGGCUGCUCAGUGGAGGAUCUGAAGGCUCUUUUCUACUGCGAGCUGUGUCACAAGCAGUACCUCAGACAUCAGGAGUUUGACAACCACAUCAAUUCCUACGACCAUGCACACAAACAGAGGCUGAAGGAACUCAAGCACAGGGAGUUUGCCCGCAACGUGGCCUCAAAAUCAUGGAAGGACCAGCGCAAACAGGAGAAGGCUCUAAGACGCCUGCACCAGCUCGCACAGCUGCAACAGGAUACUCAGCGGUGAGUAGGAGGAGUUUUGUGUGUGUUUGUGGCAGUGUGUGUGUGUGUGUGUGUGUGUGUGUGUGUGUGUGCGUAAUGAGACCAGGGGCAGGGUUAGAGUGCAUCCAGUCAAUGUUUUUUAGAUGUGAUGGAUGCAUCCACAGAUGUGAGUGCAUUCAGUUGUCCUAGAUAGGCCA